UUUAAGAUUUGAAAUUAAGUGGGCCAGCAGAAAAGGGAGGCCCAAUAACUUAGAUGGGUUGGGAAUGAGGGUAGUGGCGAGACAGUGAGAGGGUGGAAAUGGCGGCUGUGGCAGCGAGAAGCACAGGCAGCGUUGGUGUUGGUGCUGUCAUCUUCAUCUCAGUCGCUCUCACCACUUAUUUCAUCUCGAAAAAGAAGAAGAAGAAGAAGAAGGAAUCCAGGAAGAAGAAGAAGGGACUGGUGGACGCCAUAGGCAACACUCCUUUGAUUCGGAUCAACAGCCUCUCCGCCGCCACUGGUUGCCAAAUUCUCGGCAAGUGCGAGUUCUUAAACCCCGGAGGCAGCGUCAAAGACCGCGUUGCUGUUCAAAUUAUUCAAGAGGCUCUAGAAUCUGGCCAGCUACGUCCAGGUGGAAUAGUCACUGAAGGGAGUGCUGGAAGCACUGCCAUUAGCAUUGCCACUGUUGCUCCUGCCUACGGGUGCAGGACCCAUGUGGUUAUACCAGAUGAUGCUGCCAUUGAGAAGUCUCAAAUACUUGAAGCCCUUGGGGCAACUGUUGAAAGAGUGAGACCGGUGUCCAUCACCCACAAAGACCAUUUUGUCAAUAUUGCAAGAAGACGGGCAUCUGAAGCAAAUGAGUUUGCAUUGAAGCGUAGAAAUUCACAACAAUUGAAUGGCAAGGAGGACACCGAGAAAAUAAAUGGUUAUGAAUCUAAUGGAUGCAAUUACAGCUCUCUGUUUCCUGAAGAUUGUCAAGGUGGCUUUUUUGCUGAUCAGUUUGAGAACCUAGCGAACUUCAGGGCCCAUUAUGAGGGUACAGGGCCUGAGAUUUGGGAACAGACCAAUGGAAAGUUAGAUGCAUUUGUUGCAGCAGCGGGUACCGGUGGUACUGUGGCUGGUGUUUCUAAGUUUCUUCAGGAAAAGAAUCCAAACAUCAAGUGCUUCCUCUUAGAUCCUCCUGGCUCUGGUUUGUUUAAUAAGGUAACUAGGGGAGUGAUGUACACCAAAGAGGAGGCAGAAGGAAGAAGACUCAAGAAUCCAUUUGACACUAUAACAGAAGGAAUUGGAAUUAACAGGAUAACAAGGAAUUUUGCAAUGGCAAAACUUGAUGGGGCCUUUAGAGGCACCGAUAGGGAAGCUGUUGAAAUGUCUAGGUUUCUUUUGAAGAACGAUGGUCUCUUCCUUGGGAGUUCUUCUGCAAUGAACUGUGUUGGAGCAGUUAGAGUAGCGCAAGCAAUUGGCACUGGUCACACAAUUGUAACCAUUCUCUGCGACAGUGGAAUGAGACAUUUGAGCAAAUUCUAUGAUGCUGAAUACUUGUCUCAGCUUGGUUUGACACCGAAAGCAAUUGGUUUGGAGUUCUUAGGCGUCAAGUGAGAAGGUUUCUUCAGAGUUUAAAAUUUUAAUGCCACUGCCUUGGAUGAGAGUGGCCACCUAGAAGUUAGAACUGAGGGUGUUGUAGUUAUUGAUAUAGAAGAUAUUACACUUAUUAAUACAAUGUUUUGGGGAUAUUACAUGGCUCAUUCUUUGUUAGUCUUUCAUGGUUUAUUGAUUUAUUAACUAGGCCAAGAUGACCAAAUUGUUGUGAACUAUAAAUAUAUUCAACUCUAACUAUUUCAGUA